AUGUCGAGUAAUAUCAGGACCCCAUUCUUUCCUAUCGCACCUGGAGCUACUUCGACGAGGCCAGCGUCAAGAGCUGCUACCCAUCAGCUGGAUACUGGGCUUGGAAACACCUUUGCAUCGUCAGGCUUCAGUCAUGACAAAAGCAACCCGCUACACUCUUCCUCGAACGAACAACCUGCUGCUAUAUUUUCAAAAUUUGACUCUGUGUCUCACUCCACUGAUAAUGCACCUACCUCGACAACAAGUGUUAACGCAAACAGCGCUACAAAACUGAAUACCUCAGGGCUUGCCAUGGCCAUGAAGAGGAAUCACCGUGGCGGCGCUCAGAAUGAUCAGACGUCCCGGAGGUCUACGGGAACAACUGCUCAGAUCCCGCGUCCUGGGACGGCAGACCCACGUUCGACAGCUCAUCAAGAACAAAAGCUAUUCUCUCGACGAUCGAUGAACCGUGAAGUCAACUCUACUAAUCUCAUUGCUCCUGUUCCCGUGCAGGCCUCCCGUCCUCACCUUUCGCUUCUUGCUGAUUCUCAAUCGUUCUCUGGCACUACCGCGUUCAAAACACCUGCCUUGGCCAUUUCUGCUCCUCAGUCGGACAAAAAUCAAACAAGCGAUGCGCAUAUACCCACUUCAGCGGUCGAAUUUCCUUUCAAAACACCUCAAGCUCGUUUGGAAAUACCUUCGCGUCAGUCCACUAGCCCUGAGGCGUCUGCAAUCCCUACCUCAGAUACCAUUGCAGAAACCGAUGUCCCCAUUGAAACGUCCGCCAUGAAAUUCAGCCUUUCUCAUCCGGCUGGUCCACAACGACUCUUGAUCAAUCGGGAGAGCCACUACUCUCAAAAGCAAGGCGAAUUAGAGCCGCUAUCGGGACAUAUUAUCAACGAGAGUGGCCGGAUCGUCAAAUCAGUCAACAUUGCGAAUAAACGAUCCCGAGACGAAAUGGACGACUCCGAUGUUGAGGCAGAUCUGGACGGAGGACAACCAACAAAGCGACUCAAAAUUCAGAAUUCCGACGAUCGUCGAGGUCGUGAUGAGUAUUCGACGCGAUCGAAGGUUCGCUCUCCCCCUCAAUCUAGUCCUCGUCAUGCCUCCGAAUAUGGUCACCCUGGCGAGAGUCCUGAAGCUCGUACAAUAUCCCGUUCCCAUCAUCAUCAAAACGGAAGGUCAUCGACACCCAUCGAAGAACGGUACUCCUAUCGGCCGGAACACGAGCACGUGUCUCCAGAACCAAGACUGCUAGAUAGCCUACUCGGGAAGGAUGUUGAUAGCUAUUUGAAAGAGCACAUGGCCAUGUACGAUAAGUCGGUUGCUCGAUGGACAGAGUGCGAGAUGUCGGAGUGGGUCGCAGGAGCUGGCGAAAUCGCAGAGAAGUAUGGACGAAUUCUCGACUUCGUAAAAUCACAUAUGACUGCAAAACUCAAGCUGUACUCUGGUUUUCAUCGCAAGGUGGAUGACCAUAACGUCAUUCUGCAGGAGCGGGAGCAAGUCCUCGAUGCCGCAAGAAAGCGAUUGGUCAAGGAAAGCGGCAAUGUUCUCGGAUGA